CGCACAGGCCACAGAGUGUGUUACGAAAUGCUGAGGAGUAUUUAAAGAAGAGGAACCGACUUUCCAAUAUGAGAGAGACAAAGGACUGAGAGUCCGAGCCCUAGAAGGUAUCAGAGAUGAAGACAGCUUUCGUUCUCGCUCUGGUGGUUCUGCUGAGCCACAGCAGCCUUCAGGAUGCCGAGACUCCUGACCCGAAACUGGACGUCACCGUAGAGAUUGUCCAACUGCGGGACAAGCUCAUCGAGAUGAGGAUGGGGAUGAAGCUCAUGCAGCAGUAUAACGAAGAUUUACAGGCCAAAAUGACAGAUAUUGAGCUGGAGCUGAAAAAUCAGACAGCAACACACAAGAUUGCCUUCUCAGCUGCUCUGGCUAAUUCUGUUGGAGACUAUGAUGUAGAUAUCACUCUGGUCUACUCUAAAGUCAUCACUAACAUUGGACAAGCCUACAACCCAGUUACAGGAAUUUUCACUGCGCCACUAAAUGGAACCUACUACAUCAGGUUCACGAGCUGCGGAAACACGGGCAGACACGGCAUGGCUGUAGAUCUGUAUAAGAACAACGAAAAGAUGAAUGGUUUAGUUAAAGAAAGUGAUGGCUAUAUGACGUAUUUCUCUGGAGGCCUCGUCAUGCAGCUGGAGGCAGGAGACGUCGUUUACACCAAACUCCCCGCCAACUCGAAGCUUUACGACGACACGAAUAAUCGCACCACUUUCACUGGCUUCCUCAUCUUCCCCAUGUGAGAGUCGGCUAUGGGGUUUUAGUGGGAACACAACUCGGCCACGGAUUCUCCAGUGUUCCCUGAUAACUCACAAUGUGUUCUAGAAUGUUCUCUCAAAGCCUUGCUGUUAAUUCUAGAAUGUUCUUUCAAAACCUCACUGUAAAUUCUAGAAUGUUCUUUCAAAACCUCACUGUAAAUUCUAGAAUGUUCUUUCAAAACAACGCUUUAAAUUCUAGAAUGUUCUUUCAAUACCUCACUGUAAAUUCUGGAAUGUUCUUUCAAAACCUCACUGUAAAUUCUAGAAUGUUCUUUCAAUACCUCACUGUAAAUUCUAGAAUGUUCUUUCAAAACCUCACUGUAAAUUCUAGAAUAUUCUUUCAAAACCUCACUGUAAAUUCUGGAAUGUUCUUUCAAAACCUCACUGUAAAUUCUGGAAUGUUCUUUCAAAACCUCACUGUAAAUUCUGGAAUGUUCUUUCAAAACAACGCUUUAAAUUCUAGAAUGUUCUUUCAAAACCUCACUGUAAAUUCUGGAAUGUUCUUUCAAAACCUCACUGUAAAUUCUGGAAUGUUCUUUCAAUACCUCACUGUAAAUUCUGGAAUGUUCUUUCAAAACCUCACUGUAAAUUCUAGAAUGUUCUUUCAAUACCUCACUGUAAAUUCUGGAAUGUUCUUUCAAAACCUUGCUCUGGAUUCUAGAAUGUCCACUAAAAACCCUUUUAUGUGUUUUCCAUCUCAUUAGCAGAAUAAUAAAUCGGAUCCUGACCCUGACUCACUAUAAAUCUGUUAUUU